CCACACGUCAAAAUAAGAAGUCUCGCGGUGUUUCUGGGUCACGUGGUACGGAAGCCCUCUCGUUCUUCUCGCCCUGCCACAGCAAACAUGGCCGCGCUCUUGAGAUCAGCCCGCUUACUGAAGUUGACCCCUUCGGGCUUGCUUCAAAUCACAGGGACCAAAAGAACCGGGCCGCCGCUAAGUCGUCUGUACAGCGGUGCUCUCAGCGUGAACAGGACGGGAGUUUUGAGCCGGCAGAGCCGCCCCGGCGUGGAAGGCACCUGCAGUCAUGCCGGGCGGCACGCAGCAGUUUGUGUGCGCAGCUACUCUGUUGCCACGGAGAAUAAGGAUGAGGUCAGCAAUGCGCUUCUGUCCAGGCAAGCCCAACACUUCGACUGGGCCUUGGCCAAGCUGGACAACUCCGUGAGGAGGACUGGUCGCAUCACCAAGACCAUGCUGCUGCGCAUUUUCCACGGCGUCUGCAGGGAAGGUUACCCAAGUAGUAACCAGGCUUUGUUGCUGCUGCGAAGCUGCGGCACCCUGCUCCCAGAGAUGGUUCUGCAGGAGCGCACACAUCUGGCUCACCGCAUCUGGGGAAGACUGAAUGAACUUGGUGCACGUUAUGAUGUGAGUCACUACAACGCCUUGCUGAAAGUGUACCUGCAGAAUGAGUUCAGGUUCUCGCCUAUGGACUUCCUAGACAAGAUGGAGGUCGCCAAGCUCCAGCCAAAUCGAGUUACCUACCAGAGGCUCAUUACUGCCUACUGCCAAACUGGAGACAUACAAGGCGCCAGCGCCAUUCUGGGUUUCAUGAAGAGCAAAGACCUCCCCAUCACCGAAGCCGUUUUCAACAGCCUGGUAACAGGCCACGCCCGCUCAGGCGACCUAGAGAGUGCAAAGAACAUCCUGUCGGUCAUGCGGGGAGCUGGAAUUGACCCUGGUCCUGACACUUAUGUAUCACUGAUGAAUGGGUACGCUGAGAAGGGGGACUUGGACAGUCUGAAGAAGACCCUUGAGGAGGCGGAGAGUGCCAAUAUCAGUCUGGUGGACCGAGACCUCAUGCAGGUGAUCUUCACGCUGGCCAAGGCUGGACAUCAGCAGCAUGUCCCUGAAAUGAUGGAGCACUUGAGGCAGGAGAGGGGCUACAUUCCAGAUGCGAUGAACUUGUGUCUGAGCCUCAUCACGCAGGGUCUUGACGAAACGGCCUUCGCCAUCCUGAAAACCUUUUCCACGCCGAAUCCGUACCCCAACGGUGAACUGAAAAACUUUGGAAGCUUCUUCUUGAGGCACUGCAUCUACAUGGACACGCCGCUGGAGAAGAUCAGUCACUACUGCAAAGAGCUGCAGGACUCCAAUAUGCACGCAGAGCCGUUCAGCUUCACUCUAUUUUGCACUCUGGAGGCCAAGAAGAUAGAUGUGUCUCUUGAGCUGAUGAAGUUGAUGCAGGAACAGAAUUUCCCCAUUAGACCUCACUACUUUUGGCCCCUGCUGAUUCAGCAUGCCAAGGACAACAACACGACUGGUGCAGUGAAGGUGAUAAAAGGCAUGCAGCAGCUUGGGUUGGACCCUGACAUCGAGACUAUUUCCAACUACCUCUACCCGGUCUUCUCCAGCACUGAGGCAGCUCAACAGGCCUUAAAGGAUGCAGGCAUCACUGUGCCGUUGGACGGCCUCCUGACUUCGAAUAUUCGCUUUUUGGCUUCAAACCACUUGACCCAACUCUACACCUUGUUGUCUGACCCUUCCCACCCCCCAGUGGACAUGCGGCGUUUCCGCAGCAGCCUCAUCCACAGCUUCAGAAAUGUCCUGCAAAACAGUGCAAAUUGUGAGACUGUGAGUCCACUUGGGUCACGGGAUUAUCAGUUGGAAGGCGUCACCGUUCUGAGCACUUCCCGCAGGUUUGAUGACAUCAAUUGCAUGGUCAAGCUCACCAAGCUCUUUUACAAUGACGAACGCUACACCAACCCUGCCACCACAACCAAUGCUGAAGCGGUCGCUUACCUCCUUUACAAUCUAUUCGAGGGCUUGCAAGAGAACAAGGUGCAAGAGCAGGAAGACAAACUGAGGGAUUACGUCCAACAACUGAAGGCUGAGAACAUUGUCAUUCCAGCAAGAAUCUGCAGAGGCAUCAGAAACAUCCUGGCUCCGUACAACGUUCCGGAUCUCAUCAAGGAUGUUUACAAUUUGGUGGACCCGAAGGAACUGCCGUCCAACAAGUAUUUGUCAUCGAACCCCUGUGCGACCGAUCUCAAGCCGAAGGCGCUUGAGAAUAGGCUAGCAGAGCUUAAAGCGGAAAACAAACCUUUGAGCUUCAAACUCAAGCAAACCAUCCUGGCCCUCUCCUCGUCCAAGGAGAACAUGCAGCGUGCCCUGGAGCUGAAGCAGCAAUACGAGGACCAAAUGACAAGUGGGGCCUACGCCAUCCUCAUCAGCCUUUGUUGCAGCUGCGACAAUGUGGACGAGGCGAUGAGCCUGAAGAGGGAAAUGAGUCGCAAAGACUCAUCAGUGGUGCUGGAUGCGAGCAAAUACAUCAUGCUCGUCAAGCUCCUAGCCAAGAAUGACCGAUUGGAAGAGGCCGUGGACAUCCUGAAGGAGAUGAAGGAAAAGGACGUGGUCCUGAACGACAACCAUCUGGCUUUGCUCUUCCACACCCUCAACGAAGUCAUGUCCAAUGGCGCCCCCGCUGUCCAACACCUCCAAGACACCAUAUUUACCCUCGGACUGGCCAAGCCCAGCGCCAAUCUUUGCGCACCCCUGAUCAGUGUCUACUUGAACAGUGAUGACCUCCCCGGAGCUGUGGAAGCAAUGCUGGAGUGUCAGAAGCGCUACAAACUGCUUCCUCGCAUUCACGACAUCAUCGUUGGCCUGAUAGAGAAGGGGAACACGGAGCUUCUGCAGAAAGCCAUGGAUAUCGUGAGCCAAGAACGAGGAGAGAUGACAAUGCUUUACUACCUGCUCUUUGCCUUCUUGCAGACUGGCCGCUACUCUGAGGCUCGUAAGAUUUUUGAGACCCCUGGACUGAGGGCGAAGCCAGGCCGCCUGCAGUGGUUUGCAGAGAAGUGCGUUUUGACCCAGCAGAUGGAGCCCUUGGAGCAGAUGGUGGACAUGACCUCUAAGUUGUUUGAGUGUGACCGUGACGAAAUGUACAAUUACAUCCUGCGUCUCUGCAAGGAUACCAAUGACUGGCAGAAGGCGGAGGCCGUGUGGACAAAGAUGCAGGAAGAGAACAUUGUUCCCCGGGAGAGGACGCUUCACCUGCUGGCCGAAAUCCUGAAGAAUAACGGCCAGGAAGUGCCCUUCGAGGUGCCUGAGACUUUUUUACAGUACGAGCGAGAGGCCAACGACACACAGUCACAGCCUGCCAAACCAGCAGCACCCUCCCUCAAAAAUACCAAAAACGGUUCCGAGUACCAAAUGCAAAUGAUCAGCCUCUGCAAGAAGGGAAACGCCAAAGCGGCCUUUGCGAUGCUGAAGGAAUCAAACAAAAAUGGUGUUGCUGUGGGCCCCCUCUGCUACGAUUACUUGAUUCGUGCCCUUCUGGGCGAAGGAUCCUUGGAGGACGCAAUGGUGGUCAGAGACAUUGCCAUGUCUGAUGUGCAAGACUUCCAGCUGAGUGACAUUGCCAACAGUUUAAGGGUCGUCACACUCAGCAAGAGAGGCCAGGCUAAAGAUGCUUUGGAUACCCUGAAGUCCAUGCUACAGAACAACCAAGUGCCCUCGUCGCUUGCUGUCACCAGACUGAUCCAGAGCCUCGCCAGCCUAGGCGACGUGGAGGGAAUUAAGGAAGUGAGCUCGCUGAUGGAGCAGCUCGGCACAAGCCUCAACCUGUCCAGCAUGGUGUUUACCAAAAAUAUGGCCCUGGCUCACAUCAAGAACGAUGAUUUGGAGUCAGCUGUCGAGAUGCUUGAAGAACUUUACACCAGACCAGACAACAAAAACCCCAGUAUAGUCUUUGUGUUCCGGAAGAUUUUGAUGGAAGAAAACGACAAAGCCCUCGAUAAGUUGAGCGCCAUGGCUGAGCGGCUAGCCAACCACUUCGCCUGUUACAGACCGGCUACUGAUUUGUUCAUACAACUCCUGGAGAUGGACAAAGUAGAAGAUGCCAAGUUCAUGCUGGCUAGAAAUAUCUUCAUAGCCGAGCAAAAAGAAGCACUAAUAUCAUACUUGGCGCGGUUGUCGUCGAAGCCAGGAAAGACGGACAAAAUCAAUACCUUGCUGAGCCUGAUCCCGGACUUUGUUGAGAAGGAAGCGUUGUUCCCGUACAUGAUGCAAUCUCACGUUGCUGACAACGACUUGGCGUCGGCCAAAAAGCUUUACGAGCGCAUGCAGGAGGAGGGGGUUGUUGCAGACGAGCUGUCACUCAAACGCCUGGCUAUGUUGUACCACAAGGCGGGAGAGACGGUGCCCUUCUCCGAGCCCCCCAAGUCCGUCGAGUUCUACUUGAACAAACCGAGGAAGGGUGUAGCCAAAUCUCGGCCUGCAGAAGAAUAAACUCGCAAUUUCCAUCACAUCUGCCAUCUUUCUUUUCAUGUUUUUUUUUAAAUAUAUAAUGUAAGUGAUGUUUUGUGCUAGACUUCAUUGUUCUCUGCAAUUAUGCAAUUGUGUCUAUGAUGUGUACAGAAUAAGUAUUUCUGCUAAUAAAUGACCUGAGGAAUA